AGUUUGGUUUCGAACAUCGACGGAAGUAGUCGUCGUCGACUGCUGAGUGUCAUCACGCGUUCCGUAUAGUGUUAUUGCGAGUGUCUGAACAUGAGUGGGUUACUUUUCUUCAAGCUAUUGUUGGAAUAUUAACAGAUACAAGUGAUUGUGAUACCAGUGAAAAUGCAAGUAACUUAAGUGAUUAAGUGCUAAGUGACCAUAAUGGAGAUCGCUAAUUUAGUGCUGACACUUACGUGUGUCAUCUCUUUUACCUGCACGCAUGCUAAAAUAGGAUACUUCUGGCACAUCACGGAUUUCCAUUACGAUCCACUCUACACAUCACAAGGCGAUACUAGAAGACAUUGUCGCAGAGCUGACGAAAGAGGCAGUUCAGGCCAUCACAGGGCACUAGGCCGCUACGGUGACUACUCGUGUGAUAGUUCUCUAGAGCUGAUCGAAUCAGCCGCGCGGUACAUGCGUACACGUCACUCGGAGAACGUGGAAUUCGUAUUGUGGACUGGGGACAUCACUGCCGCUCAUUUCUCUGGUAGCAAGGACGAGAAUUACCAGGCGAUCAGAAAUAUGACAGAACUAUUAAGUAGAACAUUUAGUUCGCACUUCGUGUUUCCAGUACUCGGUCAUUUGGACCCUGCGCCGUCCGCCAGUCUCACUAAUUUAUGGAUGCACUGGCUCCCUUUAGAAGCUUUGCAGACUUUUCAGAAUGGUGGUUAUUAUACGAUAGAGCAGUCACAUAGUAAGUUAAGAAUAGUUGCACUUAACACUAACUUGUUUAGUGCACGUGAAUCUAAUAGCGCCCAAGCGACGCACCAGUGGGAAUGGCUGGAUUCAGUUUUAGAUAAAGCUACUGAUAACAAAGAAAUGGUGUAUAUAGUAGGUCAUGCUGCGCCAGGGUCUGACUCGCGUCACUCCUACGACGUGUCAUCAGACGCAAACGCAAGAUAUCUCCGGACGGUUCGGAGAUACGCGCGCAUAAUCGCUGGACAAUUCUUUGGACAUCUGCACGCGGACACAUUUCGCGUCAUUUAUGACAACGACCGACCAGUAUCAUGGGCGUUACUAGCUCCAUCUGUGAGUCCUCACCGUGACCCAGUGGGGUCAUCUAACCCUGGCUUAAGGCUCUAUAAGUUCGACACUAAUACUGGAAAGGUGCUGGAUUACACUCAGUACUAUCUUGACCUUGCCACGGCGAACAGGAACGCAGGUGGAGCGGAGUGGACGGCUGAGUAUAACCUCACACAGUAUUACGGCUUGCAUGAAAUUUCAGCAAGUUCACUCCACAAUCUAGCAGAUAAGCUUCGAAUAGGAACUCCUCAAGAGACUACGGUGUUUUACAAAUACCUCAGAGCCUACAGCGUGAGACAUGACAGUUCAGAAAACUGUGACGGUGCUUGCGCGCAUCAACACUUCUGUGCUAUAACGUGCCUCGAGCAUCUCGCGUAUCGACAAUGUGUUGAGGCGGCAGCGAGCGCACUCGCUGCAGCGGGUGACACUGCUCCCUUAGUUACUUCAUCUUUCUUUAAACUUACAGUUUUAGUAACAUUUGUACUUUUGUUAAUUUAACUAUAGCUAAUUUACUUUUAUUGAACUGGAAGAAGACUUCACUUACCAUUGUAAUUAUAGCUAAAUUUUCAUACACGGUUAACAGCAUGUACAAACAUGUAUUAAGGUUUAAUGACGAUUUUAAGCUCUAAUGAAUGUUCUUAUUUUGAAAAUUUGUAUUGAUAACGUCGCUUCAAACUAAUGACAAUUUUAAUAGACGAUUGUGCAACUGGGUGUAUGCAUAUUAAGAAUGUGCUGAUUAAUUAUAGCCAUUUAUAGUGAUACCUCAGUUUAACUAAAGUAUUUAAAUUUAGAACAUUAAUUUGAUUUUAAACUUUGUACUCUAGAAAAUAAAAAGUUUAGUCUUGAAAUAACAUAUGUUUUUAGACGUACUGAUUUUUAAUUUAAAAGAACAAUACGGUGGAGGAUAACUUUUACCGGGAUUAUUAAUCUAGAAAAUCGUCGAAGUUGUAUAAAUUGUGUAUAAUAUUCAAUCGAUUUUUAUAUUUAUCUAGUGCGACUAGAAAACUAUUUUUAGAAUAAAAAAAUUGUGCUUCAACUAAUUUAACAUAAUGUUUAAGAAAAUGUUUAGCUCUAAAGGCAUUUGUGAUAUUGCUAGCGACCUACUUGAGGUGCAUGUUACAUUUUAGCUUACCCAGUUGUAAAUAAAUUAUUUAUACAAAAGUAGUUAAAUUUUACAAUUUCUUUAGACAAACAAAGUAAUAGAUUCCGUUGCACACUUUCUAAAUAUUAAUUCAGUAGAGACACCUGAAAAACCAUUUUUAAUCAUUUUAGACAAUGAAAUCUGGUUUCAAUGAUUUCGUUCAUACCACGUUUUAGGUUAAAAUGGAUGGGUGAAUUCAAUAUUUCUGGAAAAGUUUUAUCUAAAUAUUAUUCAUUCAAAUUGUAACUGAAAUAUCUUAAACUGACGCUUAUUAAAAUAAUGUUCAGUCUGCUUUCCAAUUACUUUUAUCCGAAAUGAACAACAAUACAAUAGAAGUAUAUGUAACAAUGUAAAUUACAUAUACUUCUAUUGUAACAUGUAAAUUGAACUAAAUUGUACAUUUUGCACUUAAUUUACUUAAGUUGUAUUGGUUUUAAAAUGAUAUUAAACUAAGGUCGAAUUUUUAAACUAAAUUCUAAAGAUUUGUUUCUUAUUAUUAUUUCUUUUCCAACGCUAAAUUAAACCAGUACCUACUAAAAAUUAAGAUUUAAAAGUAUGUAACAGAAUUGAGGCCAAAGUUUAGUGUAUUAUUUUUAAAUUAAAUAUCCAUUUCAAAGUUUGUUAGAAAAUUAUUUGCCUAUAAUUUCAAUGAAUUAAAUCAGAAUCUAGAAUGAUCUUAAUUGAAAUCUAUAGUGACUAAAGGGUUAUAAUUAAUAGAGUGAAUGUAAAUAGUAAACAAUGUAUUGUUAAUUAAGUUUCAAAUUGUAAACGAGGAACAAUUAGUGAUUAAGCAAAUAAAUGCUGUCUGUUUUUUUUUUUGGAAAUCAACAGAAAUAACUAUUUCUGGGUAUAGAACCAAAAAAAAAAAAUUUCAGGCUGAUCUCGUUUGUAAUUAUCGGUCACUUGCACAAACGUCCAUUACGGUUUAAUGACUCCUUCAAGCUCUAUUGAAUGUCAUAUUUGUAUGGAUAAUGUCAUUUUAAACUAAAGAAAAUUUUAAUAGUCGUUUGUGCAACUGGCUGUAAGUGUCAUAAAUUAUAUAUUACGUUUUAAUAGCAUUAUGAAUGUAUCUGUAUAAAAUGGAUGUUUCAAUUCAUUUUAAAUAAAGAAUUGUAUUU